UGUACAUGACCAGCAACGCCACGAGAAAUGACAAUCUACGUCGACGCGUCGAUGGCAGCAGAUAUACGCGCCGCAGUUAAAGAAUGCUCAGAAAGAGGUCUUUGCAAGGCAGCUCAAUGGGCAGCGGAUUUGUUGCUGACAAUCCCAGAGGCGAAACGGAAAGCACGACUCUCAAUAACAGAAACGACUUUCUCCACAUCUACGCCGGCGAAGAACACUGGCAACGCGAAGACCUCGUUCAUGGAAACUCCUCCAAUGAAACCACAGGUUCGCCAUCCUCAUGCAGCUUCGCUCAGAUCCCUGCCGCCGGAGUUGCUGCAGCACGAGCUUCAACUCGAAGCUCUUGAGGAGGACGAAAUUGCUAUGGCACGUGCAUGGAUGGACACAAGAGAAUACAAUCGAAUCGCUCCGGCCUUGAGGAAUUGCCGGAGCUCGAAAGCACGGUUUUUGGAGGUGUACAGUAGAUUUGCGCAUAAUAGCAGCCCCACCGAGCUACGCGAACUCCUUCGCCUUAUCUGUGAUGCAGCAGAUCCUUGGCUCCUCUUUCUCAAGGGACUAUUCCUUAAACAUCUUGGUCGACGCGAGGAAGCUGCUGAAAGUGCUAUCUUAUCCAUAGCUGGCUUUCUGUGGAAUUGGUCUGCUUGGGAAUUAUUGAGGAGUUGUGUAUCUGACAGCGAACAGAUGUCAGCACUCAUCCAAUUGCUCCCUGUACCUGAGAAUCACCCAUUGACCCAGAUGUUCCAUAUAAAAACGAUGUCUGAUUUGCAGUUAGCAUCGGAUCAUGAAAUGACUCUAGCAGCCAAGCUCUUGGAGCCCAAUUGCUUCCCCAGGAAUGACUUUCUUUACGGUCUUCGGGGAUGUAUCAUGUACAAUAGCCACGAUAUGGGUGCAGCCGUCGUGGAGUUUGAGCGAAUGCUGGAGCUGGAUCCUUGGCAUAUUGAAUACGUUGACGUAUAUUCUUUUGCCUUGCACGUGAACGAAGGGACAAGGAAACUUUCGAGACUUAGUCGCGAGUACCUCCUCCUUAACAAGGACCGCCCAGAAGUUGCUUGCUUCGUUGGCAACUACUACUCUGUCCGUUCGUAUCAUAUCGAUGCUAUCAAGUAUUUCAAGCGCGCCGCUGAUUUGGAUCCAACAUACGAUACUGCCCUCACCCUCAUGGGGCAUGAAUAUAUUGAGAUGAAGAACGCGCAGGCCGCCAUCACUGCGUAUCGCCGGACUUUAAAUAUCCGAAGAGACGAUCAUCGUGCAUGGUACGGCUUGGGGCAAGCGUACGAACUGUUGAGCAUGCACGACAACGCGCUGCAUUAUUUCUUGCAUGCGACAUCAAUUGUACCUUACGAUAUGCGUAUGUGGCAAGCAGCGGGCCAUUGCUACGAAGUGCUUGGACGGAUCCGCCAAGCUAUCGAAUGCUAUAAACGAUCUCUUAUUUCGGCCAAUCCCUGUGAGAUUAGUGUGAAGCUGAACCUUGCGAGACUAUACUACAAACUUGGCGAAGACAUGGAAGCAACAUCAUUUCAUCGCCGGAUAAUUGAGAUCAGCCAAGCAGAACAGAGGGACAUUACAGAAUAUGCCAAGUCUUGUAUUGAAGUUGCUGCGUAUCAGAUGCUCGUUCCGGAUGGCGAUCUGAACUUGGCCCGGGAGUACCUCUCGUCGGUGGCAGCCAGCAACUCCGAGGAUGUAGCUCGGGCAACGACCAUGCUGAAAAAGAUGAUUCGAUAUCGACUUAGCCCAGAACCUGCCCUUAACAAGGGUGCUGGCGCGUGA